GUAAUCACUCAUCCAUAUCAAAGAAAACUAAACAAGAAUAUAUAUAUAUAAAGAAAAAUGCUUGAUAAGCUUAUCGGAGGAGUUACCGGAGGAGUUGCCGGAGGUAUUAUUGGAACGGUCGAUGGGUUUGCUAGAGGGGCCGGAUUAUGCCCCAAUAAUAACCAGAGCAACGGUCGCCGCUUCGAGAAUCACAAUAAGCCGCGUCCCGUCAACCAUGGCAAUGGUAACGGCGGUGCAGCAGUGGUGAAGCCUUCAGAGAACUGCGGCGGCCGCCGCCAGAAAGACAGGGAGUAAAAGGACUCAAGACCGUACCCAGUAAUAAUGAUGUAUCCUAAAUAAUAAAUGUAUCCCAAAAAAUAAAUGCACUAAAACCAAAUAGGGGCCCUUUUCAUAAAAAGUGUUCUUGUUUGAUUACCUUGUGACUAUACUAUUAUGUACAUGUUGUUGUUGCUACUUAUGUUUAAUAUAAUUGAUGCAUAUUAUUAGCUGAUC